AUGGCGACUUCAAUUCCUCCACAAGAUGAAGAACUCAUCGCCUCCAUGACAACAUACAUGGAAACCUGCAUGUCCGGCCACGACCCCUCACAUAACCCAACGCACGUUCACCGCGUAGUCUCUCUCGCGCACCGCAUCUACGCCAGCGAACUCGCUCUCCAUCCGGAAACUGCAAGCAACAAAUACAACAAAACUGUCAUAACCCUCUCCGCUCUUCUGCACGACAUAGGCGACCACAAAUACCUACCUAAAGACACCAACAAUCCAGCUGCCACAGAUCCAAAACAACUCGUCUACAACGCCCUAACAUCCCACGGCGCAGACACCGAACUCGCCUCUCGCGUCCAAACCAUAGUCAAUAACGUCUCCUACACAAACGAAACCCGCAAUCCGGAACACGUGAAAUCACUGAUCUCGACGCCGGGCUACCAUGAAUUAGCGAUUGUGCAGGACGCGGAUAGAUUAGAUGCCAUUGGCGCAGUGGGGAUUGCGCGCACGUUUACAUAUCUCGGUUCUCAGGGUGAGAAACGGAAAGAAAAGGCAGACCAAAAACCGUGGGAGCUGGAGGAGUCGAUUGAGCAUUUUGGAGAGAAGCUGGAAAAAUUAGAGGGGAUGAUGAAGACGAAUACAGGCAAAGAAAUUGCGAGGGAGAGGACGAGACGACUCAAAGUUUUCAAGGAGUGGUGGGUUGAUGAGACUGCUCCUUUUGCUUCUUAG